AUGGCUAAAGCGACGAUGCCGUACUUGUGUGGAGUCUAUGUGGCGGUGGUUAUUCAGGAUUAUCCGAAUUUGAUUUCUCUGGCUUCAAUCGUCGCCGCUCAUGGAGGUGUGAUUUGUGAAAAAUUUCCGGAAAAACAGAAUUUCAAUUCCGGAUUUCGACCAUAUCUUCAUGUCGAAACAGGCCCAUUUUUCGUGAUUCACGAUCGAAAAAUCGAUUUGGAAAUCUACAAAAAUGAUCCAGAUGGAAUGUAUUCUGUGAUGACGGAAACGGAAUUUGUGCAUUUCAUGCUUGGAAGAAAAAUCAAACGAAACAAGAGUCAUAAUCCAAUCCCAGCCUUGAAUGAUCUAGAAGAUUAA